UAAUUUUGUUGAGCAUUAAUGUUUUGUAAUUUGAAAAGGAAAAGCCUUAAUAAUUAAGUCAAGAGUUUGAUAGAAUACUUUGCUUCUUCACACUGAUUUUGAUUAGAACAAGCUUUUUUCAUUUCGUUUCAAUUUCAUUUCAUUUGAGAGAGAGAUGUGGCCUGCGAUUAUCUGUGGUUUGAUUAUUUACAAAUUGUUCAAAUGCUUCUUCUACGACGAUGACGUUUCUGACAUUGAAGCUUCCGAUUCCACUGUUCUCUUCAACGUCGCUGAUAGGCUUCAAAAGCUUUUUGGAGGUAAGGUUUUUGUUGGUCUCAGAAUUCCCGAUGCCGAUUCUGCUUCACCACAAUCCAUUGAUAUCGUUCUUGUUACUAAACGAGAGCUACUAGUGAUAUCCGUGAAGAAUUUCUCAGGGAUUUUGACAGUUCAUGGUGAUGGUACUUGGCACUCUGAAAAGCCAGGCAAACAUAAUAAAGUUGAGCGUCACCCUGAUCCGGUGGAAGAAGUAAGAAAGCAAGCUUCUAUUCUUGAAUCCUAUCUUGAACAAAGAGGGGUUGUUCUACCUAAAGGGUUUCUAACUUGUAAAGUUAUACUUCCAAAUCCUAAGUUAUGUACCAUUCCUACAAGUGAUUUUCCACCUGAAGUUAUUACCCAUGAACAAUGGAAGCUACAGAAGCCAGGGACAAAGAGUGUGAUCACUAGUUGGGUAAAGAGUGCCUUUCUUAGCGGGAAGAACGAUAUGCAAGAAUCUGGUAAUAAGAAUCUUGAAUUUGUUCUGAGCACAGCUCCAAUAUGGGAUAGGUUGGAACUGAAAGGCAACAAGUAUGCAUUGGGAGAGUUCCUUGAAUUUAAGGGCAAAGCAGAAGAUGUUGAGGCAUUAAGACAUAUCAGAAGAUCAAAAGUUGGUAGCAUGAUAAUCCAGAAGACAAGCAUGUUUGGACUAGCUCCUUCUACGCUUCAAGUUUUAUACACUUUGCGCGACUAUAGAACUGAGGGAGCAUCAGCACCAGAGUUGAAUGAAGUGACUGUAAGAUCAAAUACCGAGAUCAUCUUUCAGGCAGAAAAUGGUACCAAGAUCAGAAAGUUUAAGCUCUCUUCAGUCUGCUCUAUGCAUCUUAGCGCAUAAAAUUAUCUAACUGAGAUAUCAGAAGAGUGUCAAUACAGUAAUUUAUCUUUAUCUUUGACAUAUAAAAUACUAUUUUGUGAUUGAGUUAUAUAGAUAUAGAUAGUUGACGGUUUUAUUUGA